AACGUCACUAUCUUUUCUCGCUAGUAGAAAUUGUUGGACGACUCAGUACGUGGCUUGUAGCUGAGCCCCGAUGGGAGGUUGACAGUAAUGUAUGUUUUCAGAUGAAGAACAUGGUUUAUAUCUCCUCACGCUGGCGAAGAACCACUUCUUCUUCCACGUCUGAAACCGAGUCAGAGCGGCAGCCAUCUCCUCUUCCUCGUUAUGACCCGCAGCAGCCGUGAAUACCGCCGGAGGAGCCGUGGCUGAGCACCCUCUUCUCCCCGCUGCUAGCCUGCUGCUAGCCCGGUGCUAGCCUGGUGCUAACCCGCUGUUAGCCUGCUGCUAGCUCGGUGCUAGCCUGGUGCUAACCCGCUGUUAGCCUGCUGCUAGCCCGGUGCUAGCUCGGUGCUCUCCGCUGUUAGCCUGCUGCUAGCCCGGUGCUAGCCUGGUGCUAACCCGCUGUUAGCCUGCUGCUAGCCCGGUGCUCUCCGUGUUCGUCAUGGCGGACUCCCUCACCACUUCAACGUUUCCGCCGCCGAGGACCCGCAUCUUUAAGAUAAUUGUGAUCGGAGACUCGGGCGUGGGGAAGACCUGUCUCACGUACCGGUUCUGCGCCGGCAAGUUCCCCGACAAGACAGAGGCCACGAUCGGGGUGGACUUCAGAGAGAGGCUGGUGGAGAUAGACGGAGAGAACAUCAAGAUCCAGCUGUGGGACACUGCCGGCCAGGAGCGCUUCAGGAAGUCGAUGGUUCAGCACUACUACCGCAACGUGCAUGCCGUCGUGUUCGUCUAUGACCUCACCAACGCCGCCAGCUUCCGGAGCCUCCCUGCGUGGAUCGAUGAGUGCAAGCAGCACGCUCUGGGCUCGGAGGUACCCCGGAUCUUAGUUGGGAACAAGUGUGACCUGCAGGACUGCGUUCAGGUGGGCACGGACGUGGCGCAGCAGUUUGCCGACGCCCACUCCAUGCCGCUGUUCGAGACCUCCGCCAAGAACCCGAACAGCCAGGGAGACGGAAACUUCCAGAACAGUGACCAUGUUGAGGCUAUUUUCAUGACGGUGGCGCACAGGCUGAAGUCCCAGAAGCCCCUGGUACUCAGCCAGCCACCUGAGGGACCGGGGGGCACCGUCACCCUGACUGGGGGGAGGGAUGAUGAAGGGAGCAGGGCCAAGAGCUGGGGCUGCAGCAGCUGCUGAGAACGCGGAGGGGUCAGUAUCCGUCUGGACCAGAUGGAUGAGGAGGGAGAAGAUCCAACAGCCACAGUCGGAACGUCUUCACUGCUUAUUUCACGCUUACAGCUGGUUAUCAGCUCUUAUUGUUGUCAUGGAAACGGGUGCUGGUUUCAAUCAGAAUAUCUACGUUCCACCACCGUCUCCAUCCAGCAUCUCAUCUAAGAUGUAAAGUAAUCAUGUAUAGAAGGAAAAAUCAAUAAUAAUGCUCAUGUUUUCUGAUUUAUGCCAAAACUCCAGCCAGAGUCGCGUUGGAGGGAAAACCUGUUCCUAAAAACCAGACACGACCACCUUGUUUUCACACCCCAGAUCAGCUGAGCUUCAGGUCCAGAUGGAAGUUAGAGGAUCCCGGAUUACCACCGGAACUAUCUGCUGUUGCCAUGGAAACAAAGUUAACAGCAGGUACGGGGAGACAAUGGCCCAGAUGGCUGCAGAUGGUCCGACACAGCGAGAACGCUGGUUUACUCAAAACCUCCAACCUUGGAAGGUUUUCCUUUAAAAGUUAGUGUUCAGUCCCAGACGUCGUCUGCGUUUGUCACAGUAACCGUGCUCAUGGUGACGGGCCUUCGGUCAGAGAGGAUGGGUGUGACCAGAAAGAAGGCUGGACCAGUUCAGGCCAGUUUGGACCAGUUUAGGCUGGUCCACCAUGUUUAGGGCCAGUACGAGGGCUGAUCCAGACUAUCAGGACAUUACAGUCCCGACUCUUGGUUUCCCGUGUUCGUUCAGUGUUUUCAUCCUUUAAGCCGUCCCUGAAUCUGAGUAAAUAAAAAAAAAAAAAACAACUGAACCAAACAAAAGAGACAAAUAGUGAGCGGUCUGGA